AUGUUCUCCCGAAGGAGUCACGGGGAUGUGAAGAAGUCCACCCAGAAGGUGCUGGACCCCAAGAAGGACGUGCUGACCCGCCUGAAGCACCUGCGGGCGCUGCUGGAUAAUGUGGAUGCAAGUGAUCUUAAGCAGUUUUUUGAGACCAACUAUUCUCAGAUAUAUUUCAUCUUCUAUGAAAAUUUUAUAACACUGGAAAAUAGUUUGAAAUUAAAAGGGAAUAAUAAAUCACAAAGGGAGGAGCUGGACUCCAUCCUCUUUCUUUUUGAAAAAAUACUGCAAUUUCUACCUGAACGAAUUUUCUUUCACUGGCAUUACCAGAGUAUAGGCUCAACUUUAAAGAAGCUUCUACACACUGGAAAUUCUAUUAAGAUAAGAUGUGAAGGAAUCAGGCUGUUUCUUUUGUGGCUUCAAGCACUUCAAACCAACUGUGCGGAAGAGCAGUUGCUGAUUUUUGCUUGCCUCGUGCCUGGUUUCCCAGCGGUCCUGUCAUCCAGAGGGCCCUGCACACUGGAGACACUCAUCAAUCCCAGCCCCCAUGUAGCUGAUGCAAAGGUAUAUCCAGAAGAAAUCACUCCACUACUGCCAGCCGUAUCAGGGGAGAAGGUCACUGAGGACCAAACAUGCUUUUUUCUUCAAAUACUGUUGAAGUAUAUGGUUAUUCAGGCUGCAAGCUUGGAGUGGAAGAAUAAGGAGAAUCAAGAUACUGGUUUUAAAUUUCUUUUUACAUUGUUCCGAAGGUUUUAUCUUCCUCAUUUAUUUCCGUCGUUUACUAAGUUAACAAACAUCUACAAACCUGUACUUGACAUCCCCCAUUUGAGACCAAAGCCAUUGUACAUCAGUACAACUAGGGACAAUGAAAACAUUUACAGCACAAAAAUUCCAUACAUGGCAGCUCGCGUUGUUUUUAUUAAGUGGAUUGUGACUUUCUUUUUGGAAAAAAAGUAUCUAACUUCAACACAAAACACUAAAAAUGGAGUUGAUGUGUUACCUAAAAUCAUUCAGACCGUUGGUGGCGGCGCAGUGCAAGAGAGAGCACCAGAGUUGGAUGGUGGUGGCCCUUCAGAGCAGGACAAAACCCAUUCUAAUAGCAGUACCCUGUCAGACCGAAGGCUCAGCACCUCCAGCCUCUGUAGCAUUGAGGAGGAGCACCGCACGGUGUAUGAGAUGGUGCAGCGGAUUCUCUUGUCAACGCGAGGUUACGUCAAUUUCGUCAAUGAAGUAUUUCGCCAGGCAUUUUUGUUGCCUUCCUGUGACAUAGCUGUAACAAGAAAAGUAGUUCAAGUGUACAGAAAGUGGAUCCUUCAGGACAAACCUGUGUUCAUGGAGGAACCUGAUAAAAAAGAUGCUGCUCAAGAAGAUGCUGAAAAAUUAGGAUUUUCAGAGACUGAUAACAAGGAGGCCUCGUCUGAAAGUUCCAGUGGCCAUAAGCGAUCUUCCAGUUGGGGCCGGACAUACUCUUUCACAAGUGCUGUGAGCAGAGGUUGUGUCGUAGAAGAGGAGGAUAAGUGUGUGAAAGCUGGUGCCCAGGCUAUGCUCCAGGUAUUUUUGACGAACGCUGCAAACGUCUUUUUGCUAGAACCAUGUGCUGAAGUCCCCAUGCUCUUGAAAGAACAAGUUGAUGCCUGUAAAGCUGUUUUGUUUAUUUUUAGGCGCAUGAUAAUGGAGCUUACAAUGAAUAAAAAGACAUGGGAACAGAUGUUGCAAAUACUACUCAGGAUAACAGAAGCUGUCAUGCAGAAGCCAAAGGAUAAACAAAUAAAGGACUUGUUUGCCCAGAGCUUGGCAGGGUUACUGUUUAGGACACUCAUUGUGGCUUGGAUCCGGGCAAGCCUCUGCGUGUUCAUUUCUCGAGAGCUCUGGGAUGACUUUCUUGGUGUGCUGUCUUCCCUCACGGAGUGGGAGGAACUCAUCAACGAGUGGGCCAACAUCAUGGACUCCUUGACGGCAGUGCUGGCGAAAACUGUCUAUGGAGUGGAGAUGACAAACCUACCUCUGGAUAAAUUAAGUGAGCAAAAGGAAAAGAAGCAAAGAGGCAAAGGCUGUGUUCUAGAUUCUCAGAAAGGGACCGCAGUAGGGAGAUCCUUUUCUCUCAGCUGGAGGAGCCACCCAGAUAUGACCGAGCCCAUGAGAUUCCGGAGCGCCACCACAUCUGGAGCACCGGGAGUUGAGAAAGCAAGAAACCGUGUUCGCCAAAAGGCAUCUGAAGUGGAGGAGUCAGAAGGUGCUCCCUGUGCGGAGCCUGGCCGCCUGGGGGUGGAAGCGCCGCAGCUCCCACGCAGCAGCAGUGCAUCCGAUAUCGUUGAGCAGCUGAGCUCAGAUGCUUCUCAGGGUCAAAAGGUAGAGAAUGUACAGAAUUUGAGUUCUUCAGAGCCCAAGCCUAUACAAGAAAAUAAAGGAUAUAUGAAGAAAGAACAUGAAGGAAUAACAAUCUUAGUUCCAAGAAGCAGCAGCCCUACUGAAUUGGAUUUAAAAGAUGAUUUGCAGCAGAUGCCAGGAACAUGUAGAGAAAGGCAGAAGAGUGAAAGCGUCAGCAGUGACACACCUCUGGGCUAUAGCAAUGAGGCCGAGCUGUCCAUAAGCCCCUGGCAGACCUGUGAAGAAGACCCAGAACUGAACACUCCCACUGAUGUCGUGGCUGACUCCGACGCCCGCCACUGGUUACAGCUGAGUCCCGCCGACGUGUCAAACUUGACAGAUAGCAGUGAGUACCUCGCUGAUGACUGUAGCAUAAUUGCUGGAGGGAACCUCACUGGCUGGCGCCCAGACUCUGCUGCCGUGUUAUGGCGAAGAGUCUUGGGAAUUCUCGGAGAUGUGAAUAAUAUCCAGUCACCCAAGAUCCAUGCCAAAGUGUUUGGCUAUCUCUAUGAACUCUGGUACAAACUAGCAAAGAUACGGGAUAAUCUAGCAAUAAGCCUGGAUAACCAGUCUUCUCCAUCUCCUCCAGUCUUGAUUCCACCGCUCAGAAUGUUUGCAUCAUGGCUGUUUAAGGCAACAACGUUGUCAAACGAAUACAAGGAAGGCAAACUACAAGCCUACAGACUGAUCUGUGCCAUGAUGACCAGACGCCAGGACGUUUUGCCCAACUCGGAUUUCCUGGUGCAUUUCUACCUUGUCAUGCACCUUGGAUUAACCAGCGAGGAUCAGGAUGUCUUAAAUACCAUCAUAAGGCACUGCCCGCCCCGCUUUUUCUCGCUGGGUUUGCCUGGCUUCUCAAUGCUGCUGGGGGACUUCAUCACGGCUGCGGCCCGGGUCCUCAGUGCAGACGUAUUGGCGGCCCCUCAUUCAGAAGCUCUCACCAUUCUGGGUUCUCUUGUCUGCUUUCCAAAUACAUACCAGGAGAUCCCUUUACUUCAGGCAGUGCCAGAAGUUAACGAGAUCAUUAUAGGAACAGAAGAUGUCAAGCAUUACCUCAUAAACAUUUUACUGAAGACUUCCACAGAGGAACCAAAUGAAUGUGCAAGAUGCAUUGCCAUUUGCUCCCUGGGGGUCUGGAUAUGUGAAGAACUUGCACAGUGCACAAGCCAUCCUCAGGUGAAAGAGGCCAUCAAUGUGAUAGGUGUGACCUUGAAGUUUCCUAACAAAAUCGUGGCUCAGGUAGCUUGUGAUGUUCUGCAGUUGCUGGUUUCCUACUGGGAAAAGCUUCAGAUGUUUGAAACCUCUCUGCCUCGGAAAAUAGCAGAAAUCCUUGUGGCCACCAUUGCUUUUCUUUUACCAAGUGCAGAACACUCCUCAGUGGAAACAGAUAAGAAGUUUAUUGUCUCUCUGCUGCUCUGCCUCCUGGAUUGGUGCAUGGCACUGCCGUUGAAAGUCCUUCUUCACCCAGUGUCCACGGCGGUGCUGGAGGAGCAGCCCUCAUCCAGAGUCCCCUUACUGGAUUACAUCUACAGGGUCCUGCACUGCUGCGUGUGUGGGUCAAGCACAUACACCCAGCAGAGUCACUACACUCUGACCUUGGCCGACCUGUCAUCCUCAGAUUACGACCCCUUCCUGCCCCUGGCAAACGUUAAGAAUUCUGAGCCAGUCCAAUAUCAUUCAUCAGCAGAACUGGGCAACCUGCUUACUGUUGAAGAGGAGAAGAGGCGAAGGAGUUUGGAACUGAUUCCCCUGACUGCACGGAUGGUGAUGGCUCACCUGGUGAACCACCUUGGGCACUACCCCCUGAGCAGGGGUCCUGCCAUGCUGCACAGCCUCGUCAGCGAGAACCACGACAACGCCCACGUGGAGUCCUCCGAGCUGUCCUCCGAGGUGUUCCGGAGCCCAAACCUGCAGCUGUUCAUAUUUAAUGACAGCACCCUCAUCUCGUACCUGCAAGUACCCACAGAAGGACCGGCAGGCAGACCCCGGACGGGCGCCCUCUCUGAUGUGAGAGUGAUUGUGAGGGAUAUCUCAGGGAAGUACUCUUGGGAUGGGAAAGUUUUAUAUGGGCCUUUGGAAGGCUGCUUAGCGCGCAGUGGAAGAACUCCUUCAUUUCUGAUUUCGGGCUGGCAUCAGCAAACGUUUGGCCCGCAGAGAGAUUUUUCUCAAAUUGAGGAGGGAGAUGACGUCCUGGACAAAUUGCUUGAAAACAUUGGCCACACAAGUCCUGAAUGCCUUUUACCGUCGCAGCUCAAUCUAAACGAGCCUUCCCCACCACCCUGUGGAAUGAGCCAUGAGCAGGAGAAGGACAUCAUAGAGGUCAUUUUGCGCCAGAAUGCACAGGAGGAUGAGUAUGUGCAGAGUUGUACAUCAGAUUCUACAAUGAAAGUCACCUCUCAAGGGCAGCCCACACCCAUGGAGCCGCGAGGACCCUUUUAUUUCUGCAGGUUGUUGCUCAAUGACUUGGGAAUGAAUUCUUGGGACAGAAGGAAGAAUUUUCACCUGUUGAAGAAAAAUUCAAAAUUAUUGAGAGAGCUAAAAAAUUUGGACUCCCGUCAGUGCCGUGAAACGCACAAAAUUGCAGUGUUUUACAUUGCUGAAGGCCAAGAAGACAAGUGUUCCAUCCUCUCCAAUGAAAGAGGAAGCCAAGCUUAUGAAGACUUCGUUGCUGGACUUGGCUGGGAGGUGGAUCUCUCCACCCACUGUGGGUUCAUGGGGGGUCUCCAGCGCAACGGCAGCACAGGGCAGACGGCCCCCUACUAUGCUACCUCGACCGUGGAAGUGAUUUUCCAUGUCUCUACCCGGAUGCCCUCCGAUUCUGAUGACUCACUCACCAAAAAGCUCCGUCACUUGGGGAAUGAUGAGGUCCACAUCGUCUGGUCUGAACACUCCAGGGACUACCGCAGGGGUAUUAUCCCAACCGCCUUCGGAGACGUUUCAAUCAUCAUUUACCCCAUGAAGAAUCACAUGUUCUUUAUUGCGAUAACAAAGAAACCCGAGGUUCCAUUUUUCGGGCCUCUGUUCGAUGGAGCCAUAGUGAGUGGGAAGCUGCUGCCAAGCCUUGUGUGUGCCACGUGCAUCAACGCCAGCCGGGCUGUGAAGUGCCUCAUCCCACUCUACCAGAGCUUCUACGAAGAGCGAGCUCUAUAUCUUGAAGCAAUAAUUCAGAAUCACCGCGAAGUGGUGACAUUCGAGGAUUUCGCAGCCCAAGUCUUUUCUCCCUCUCCCAGCUACUCCCUCAGUGGAUCGGAUUAAAAGACGGGAAGGCCUCACUGCCACAUUUAGAAAGGGUCCCAGUGCCCGCCUUCCAGUGCCUCCUGGGGUGGAGAUGGGUCAGACCCCCAAGCCCCUUCCCCAAGCCCCCAAACCCAGAGACACCAGGAACCGCCACUGCUCUGCCGAUGCCCCCGGCAAGGCUGCCCACGCUCGGAUGGCCAAGCCCCAGGAGAACCCGCCUUCCGGAUGGUUCCGAGUGAACUUACCAACUAGGCUGCAUCAUCCUGUAUCGAAACCUCACCGACCUUGUGCUUCUAAAGAAGGCAAGAAAAAAGAAGGAAAUCCCCUCCUUGCAGGGGCGCAGGCAGGGCUGCCAGGGAGUGCAGGGCU